AUGUGGGCCACAGGGAUCGUUGCCUCUCUUUUCCUCGCGUCCCCUACUUCGGCUACUUACCUGGGGCUUUUCGGAAGAGCCAAUAGACUUUGUCCAGCUGUAGUUGAUACCAUCGCCGUGACAUCGACUGUCAGCAUCACCGUUCCGGCCGUCACAGUGACUGUUUCGCCGACCCUUCCUCUGGCCUCGUCGGACCCGGCCGUCGCUACGUGUCUGAGCGACACCCAGGCAACGAGCAUAGUUGGGCUCUGGAAGAGCAUCCUCACCCACGCAGACCGCAAUGUUGCGAAUUCCACAGCUCAAAGGUUGAUAACCAAUGAGUUCCUAGGAACAAGCGACUCGAUCAAUUCACUCGCUGGAACUUCGUUGGGCAACGCAACCUUCUCCGGCAAAGACGCCUUCAUCACGGCCACACUGGAAGCACCUCCCAUCGCACUCCUCACCACACUGGACAUCUUUCACGACUGCAGCCGCAUAGCGUUCUACUGGGCAGCCACCGGCGUUGGUUCAGGCGCCGAAGAGAUCAGAGGCAUCGACCUGCUGUAUCUAACGGACGACCAAAGUCAAAUCAAUAUGGCCAUGACCGAGUUCAACAGUCUGGCGUGGGCAAAGGACGUUGGGUGGAAGAGCCAGAGAACAGACGGGACGCAGUAUUAG